UUGUCAAGAUGGUAAUUAAAAUUAUAUUCCUUUUUGCAGAUGGAUAAGUAUACUGUAGACUUAGACAAAGUACUAAAUGAUUUUGAAUACAGUGAACUAACAGACCAGUAUAACUCUUCAAAAGUGAAAUGUAACGAACCUAAUUCUACUGACUUGGGAGGUGUUAGAAGUACACCCCACAGAAAUGAUUCCACCUCUGCUUACAAACUGUCAAGUGCAAAACAUUCAAUAAACAAUGUCUUUCAAAGUUUAAAUGAAUACCUAAAUACAGACAUAAGAUCACAUGAGCAACAAAACUAUGAAAGUUAUAAUGAAAAUAUCAAGUAUCCAGAAGAACUACCUGUUAAUAAAACUAGCAGCAUAAUCAAUAAUUCAGAAAAUGUAACUGAAAAUAAAACUAGAGCUGAUCUGAAGGAGUUCAUCAUUAAUAAUGAUUUGAGUAAUUGUAAGACUGAUGUAGACAAUACAAGCAAAAACUUCAAUGUAAAUAGUAGUGGUAAUAUGCAAAAAGUAAAUAACGAAGUUAGUAACAUCCAAGUCAGUGAUAUUACGGUAGGCAAAGAUGAAGGUGAACAAAACUCAGAAAAAAGUGGUGAAAUUGAGACAAAGGAAACUUCCUCUAAUUCAUCAAAUUUAAAAAUUCUAGAAAAUAGUACAACUGUAGAAAAUGAAGACAGUGACAAGGAAAAGAAUGAAAAUAAUCUGUUAGCAGAGAUAAGUGAUGACCUAGUUGAUGUUAAGGAGGAUGUACAUAGUGAACCUGAAUCAGAAGAGGAUGAAGAUGAAAAAUUAAACUUUCAAAUUACGUACCCAAAAGAGCAAGAAGGAACUGAAAACAGACAGAAAAUCGGUUUUGAUACAGUAGAUGUGGAUGAGGAUGAACUUGAAGAGUAUUUAAAGGAGCUGGAAGAUGAGUGUGAUGAAUCAAGUGAAGAUGAGUACAAAGAGGAAGAAAAUGAUAAUAAAAAUGAAAUAGUAAAACCUAAAGAUGAAGUAGAAGACAGCACUAAAGAGUUAGGUACCCCAGAAAAUGUUGAUGUAAUAAUAGACAAUGAGGACAACCACAAAAAGAAUGAAGAAGAAUUUUUUGAUGCAAAUACUUCAGUUGAGGGCAGUAAAAACGACACAAAGGCAACUGUAGAGUGCCUUCCAAAUUCCAAAGAACUAUCUGAAAGUAAAAAUGAAAGUAUUUUGCCUCUUAAUAAUGAUGAUUCUGAAAAAUGCAGAACCAAUGAAGUUGUUAAAGAGUUGGGAAAAGAUAAUAAAACUGAAAUUGUAAAACAGAAUAUAAAUGAAACAAAUAGUGGAGAAGAGAGCAAUCUGCAGCAGCCUCAAAAUCUUGAAAUUAUAACAAGUGACAAAGCAACAAUAAGUCCUGAAAAUAACGAAGAAACACCUGCUAAAGAAGAGAGCUCAGUUGAAACUCCUAGAAGACCCAGCAUAUUAGAAGUCAAAUCUGUCAUGGAAGAAGAGCCUAUAAAAAUCAGCACAAUGGGAAAGCCAGGUUCGACCCCAUUCGAAUAUAAAUCGUUCCAUUCAAACGAAGACGCGGGUACUGAAAGUGACAUCGAUUCUUCGUCAGCGUCUCCGUCACCCACGUUCUCGGACAUGUCCACGGUUUCGAGCGCCACUACUGCUACCAUGGACAGUUGUAACAACAGCAUAGAACAAAAUUUAAACACCAGAGCAGACGUCCCUCCCGUUGCCAAUAAAAAUUCUUCUGAAAAUAACCAAGUUCAGACAGCAGAAACGAAUGAUAAUAACAAUUUUAAUAAAGAAACAACCUCAGUUGAUAAAACAAGAGGUGCUGGGAGUUCUGGAGAGCCUACAGAUACUGUCCUUAAUAAUGAAGCCUCGAAUGAACCAGGUAUUGACCUCGCAGCUGCUUCUGAAGACCCAGGUGCCCAACAAAAUUAUCAAGGAUACGGCACUGAUUCUUGGCUUGGAAAGAAAGCCCCCCUAUGGAUUCCCGAUUCUGAAGCCCUCAAUUGUCUCCACUGUGAUAUGAAAUUCACCAUAAUCAAAAGGAGACAUCAUUGUAGAGCCUGUGGCCUGGUUCUCUGUUCCAAAUGUUGUAAUCUACAGUAUCGACUUGAAUAUUUGGACGCGGAAGCUCGAGUUUGCAACAGGUGUUACGAAAUACUGACUCGAGAGAAUGACGGAAGUUCCGGGAGCGAAGUUUCACCAUCAGCUGGGAAUUCCCCGACUUAUCACGGCGUCCAACCGAAUCCCAACAAUCCCAUGGAGUAUUGUUCGAUGGUGCCGCCCCUUCAGCAGGUCAGCGGCUCCUCCAGUCAGAAUCCCCCCACCGUCAUGGUACCAGUCAGUGUACUCAAACGAAAAGGAUCUGGAAAAGCGCGGAAGACCAAAAGUGUAAUGUUUUACGACGGUAUAAGACCUGGCAGUGAACUGACAAAUCUGGACAACGAUUUUAAUUAUUCGGAUAGCAAAGCUGCGUCCCAAAAGGUUUUGGCGAGCCCCCCGCCGAAAUCAAACAGGAACGUCCCUGAAAUCGAUAACGUAACGAAAAGUUUUAUUCCCGUAGGAGAAAACGAAUUACCUCCGCUUGUAUCAACAUUCAAAUCGGAUAUUUCUUAUAAAGAACAAUCCAACGACGAAACACUGAUGAAGAUCGUGAAAGAAGAGACGUUGACCUUUGCCAUACAGAAAAAUCUCUACGUAAACGUACGACUUAUAGACACGAGUUGUUGUAUUAAUAAAAUGGCCUGGUGUUUUUCUACGGAGGGACUAAUUAGUGUAGGCCAAGACGAAAUCGUUAUCCUCUUAGAAUAUUUAGAAGAUGAAAAAGUUCUUCCCAAGGAAGUUUUCUUGCACCUAAAUAGCAUUUAUAUGGAUGCAAAAAAAGGUUCGAGCAUAUCUGAAUUGGGCGUGUCGUUGCAUCAAACUUUAUUUUUGGGUUCAAAAAAUCACGCAGGUUUCUUAUACAUUAGGCCCACCCAUCAGUGUCUUAAAAACGUAAUAAUUCCUAAGGAACCUUACCUUGUGGGUGUUUUAAUUCACAGGUGGGAAAUACCUUGGGCCAAGAUAUUUCCAUUACGCCUGGUCCUGAGGCUAGGAGCCGAAUAUAAGUAUUACCCUAGCCCUUUGGUUUCAUUUAGGCAUAGGGAAAGCGUCUUUGUCGAAUUAGGGCACACGAUAAUUGCUCUGUUAGCGGACUUUCGUAAUUUUUCCUACACUUUACCGAAUAUAAGGGGUCUUGUUAUCCAUAUGGAAGAUAAAACCACAACAGUUACGAUACCAUCGAAUAGAUACGAUCAGGUGCUGAAGUCAAUUAAUAAUUCAAGCGAGCACAUACUGGCUUUCGGGGGUAAUUUUAGCCCAGAGGCUGAUGCUCAUUUGGUCUGCGUGCAGGACACGCAGGGCAAAAACGAGAACAAUUAUUCCACACAUACCAUAAGCAUACAAAACAGGCCCGUUAUAAAAGUUACCGGGGUUAAUUUCAUAGUGUUUAAUGGCAUAUUAAAAUCGACCACAGGCCUGACGGCAAAGUCCAGCAUAGUAGAAGACGGCGUAAUGAUACAAAUACCACCAGAAAAAAUGGAGAAACUAAGAGCAGACCUUCGUAACAUGAAAAAACACACUAUUUAUUGCGGUCAAAUUAACGCUCCGUACGAUGAAACGGUGAAGAUAGUUUGGGGUGAAAAUGACGUCAAUUUCAAUGUGGGGGUACUUUCCCCCAUUGAUAACGAAUCUCUGAGUGGCGUACCUUCGAUAAGGGUUCACAAUGGGGAAGAUAAUAUUUGUAACAGUGGCAGUAGGAUGAUCAGGUGGACCGAGGUGUUUAUAUUACAGAGUGGCGAUGAAAAUUGCAAAGGACAAGAUAUCGAUUAUUCAAAGAUAUCUGAUAGCAUAGCGAAAGCCACCUGUCAAGCUCUGGUCAAGUAUUUGGAUCUUUUGUCGAGCAACAACUUUUACAAGAUAGGCAUAAGGACUAAUUUACAUCUGGAAAAUGUGUCUUACAGUGCUGGAAGCAACGGUAUAAAAUUGCCCCCUAUUUAUAUGAAAAGUUUGGAUAACGAACUUAUUCCUGUCCUGCAUCGAAUCACUUCGAAUAAUUGGGGCGAUGCCAAUGUGAUCUUGGAACUUAUUUUUCGGGUUUUGAACGUUUAAUGUUUAAUUACAAAAAUCGAACUUUUUCGUUCUCUCAGUAUCAAACACUCUUCUAUUAUUUUUAUUAGUUUCCUCCAUGCUUGUAUAAUAACAUAAUUAGUUAUUGUUAU